AUGGACUAUCUGGAGGAACAAAAGCAGGAAAUCGAUAUUCUACAGAGUAUAUAUCCCGAUGAGCUGGAGAUAGUAUCAGACACAGAAUUCCGCGUGUCGCUGCUGCUGGACACUAGCACAGACCGCAAACACACCCUGAUCCUCAACGUCAAGUAUCCAGAAACGUAUCCGGAGGUAGUUCCGCAAUUGCGCAUUGAACAGGAGCACGAUGACGCACCCGAAAGCACACUCAACGUUGCCGAAACCGUGGAGUUCGACAGAGACGAUUUGCUAGAUUUGCUGGAAUUUGUGAACCAGAACGCCGAGGAAAACGUUGGUAUGCCCAGCAUUUUCACGCUCACGUCCUUACUCAAAGAGCAUGCCGAGACCGUGUUCCAGGAGAAAGUCGCCGCACUGGAGAAGAAGCACGAGGAAGAGCGCCGCGCCAGAGAGUACGAGGAACAGAAGAAGUUUUCUGGAACCAAGGUGACGAAAGAGAACUUUGCGCAGUGGAGACUAAAGUUCCGUGCUGAGAUGGGAAUAGACACCAGACUCAACGAGAGAUUCAAGCAGAUGCAUCAGGGACGGCUCACGGGAAAGGAGAUAUUUGAAAAGGGUCUAGAACAGGAGGAUGAGGAGUUGUAA